GUGUCGUUCUACCGGAAGUCAUGUUUGCUUGCUGUCACUAUGACGAUUUGAUUUGCAUGGCUGCCAGCUUGUUAACAACUGUAGAGUAGAGUGAUUUAAAUAAAAGUUUAAUAGAUAAGAACAAAUUUUAAAGAAUGGCGACUACAUUUUCAAAUCCAUUUAACCUGACAGCAGCUGGUGAACUCGGCAAUCAUAGAGAAUCAAUGCUGUAUAAUGAAUUGUUAUUGAGGAAUGAACUUGGAAGACCAAAGAACAGGGCAUAUACUCAGGUCCCAAAAGAUGGAAGUUUUGUGUUUGGUAGACCAAAUGAAGAAAGAUUUGGUGGCGCUGAUGAUGCUUUACAUGGAUGGCCAAGAAAUCUUUCAACAACAACACUACCAUUUAAAAGUAAAGAUAAAAAAUCAGAGAGAGAUUUCAUGGCUCUAAACAGGGCUGCUGUUCAAACUGGUUUGGUGACAGCCAACGAAAAUUAUGAAUUUAGAGCAACCCAUGAUGUCAGAAGGAAAACAGCUGGUGAUGAGAAAACAAGAACGAGAACAAGACGGAUACCUCCUUCUAUGGUGUUUGGAAUUUCAACAAGACCUUCAACACCAAUUUUUGAUUUAUUAGAACACAAAUACCAGGAUAAAUGGUUACAAGACAGGCGUAAAUUAGAAGUCUCAAAAAGACAAGAAGAAUCAAAGAAAAGACAACAUUUGAAAGAUUUGAGGCUCAGGAGAAAUCCUAAUUGUGUAUAUGAAACCAGAGCUUCUUUACUAAGAACCUAUCAAAAUCCUGUAGAAGAUGCUCCUCUAUGGCAACUUCCAAGAUUUAAAGACAAGGCAAAACCAUCUCUACAGACCUUCAGAUCAGCUGGAGCUAGACGUUCAGCCUAUGGAAAUUACCAGUCAGACCAAAUAGCCAGACAGGGAGACUUUGGACAUGGUGUUUAUGAACCUGCCUGUAACUAAAGAUAUUAUUUCUAAAGUCAAUGCCACCUGUGAUAUAUAACUUAAACAUCUCAGACGUGAUAGAUUUGUUCACAAUGUUAUUAUUUUAUGUACCAACCAAAAUUGUGUCUCUAUUUUUAAAAUAACAGUAUUUUUAACUUAUUGAACUAUUUUAUGUAUUGUGCAUGAAAAUUGUAAAUAAUUCUAUUUGUACUUAAAUUUUUUAAAUUGCUCUCUGUAUUGCUGUAUUGUGGAGUUUUUAACAUAUUAUGCUAAUCGUUAGACUUUUUGCAUCACUUUUGUUAAUUUCGGAUGCAUAAAGUUGGGAUUGUGCAUUACUUUUAUGAAGUGCAUACUUAAAUUAUGUACCAUUUCUUAAAUUAGAUCAAUGUUAUGUAUAUACAUGUAUUUGAAUUCUCUGUAUAUACAUGUAUUUGAAUUCUCUGUAUAUACAUGUAUUUGAAUUUUACCAAUUGCUGUAACAGUUUCUUUUAAUAAUAUAAGUAUAAUAUAUAAUUCAUCCACAGUCCAAGAGUAACUAGAAUUAUUUAAAAGAGAAGAUUUUGUGAAUUAAAUACUUAUUCAUUGAUAUGAUAAGCCCAUAGGAAUAAAUAUACAUUUCCAACUUGUGUUCUGAGAAUGCCAUAUUGUUUUACUUCACUACAGCUAGAAUGGGCACAAAUAAAUUGAUCGUGUAUAUAAACACAAUUGUUUGUUAAAAAUUGUACAAUAAUUAUUUAUUGCAACACUUUUAUGUUGACAAAUCAAUAAAUGGUGAAGAAUUGA